AUGGCGUUGAUGAGUAAAAUGGCGCCGACGGCUGUCUGCUACUGCCGCAGCGGUCUUCUGAAGCCGUCGACGAGCCUGAUUCCGGCUAUUCGAAGCUCUCACGCUGCUGUUUUCCGAAAGCGUCCCGGACAGUUGAUUGUCAACAGAAUCAAGGUAAGACUGAUGUUUUUGGAUUGAAUUCUUCACGAAAAUGUUUAUAGGACGUCUGUCACUUCUACUUCGUCGGCAUCGGUUUCCUUCCGGUUCUGUUGUGCCUCGCCUACAACCACAUCGUCUACGGAUCGUGCGAACUGAAGGAUUAUCCGACUGAAGUGAGUUUUGAGCCUAUUUCUAAACAUUUGAAGGUUUUAUGAGUUUUCAGGGACCAGCUCCACACCACUGGCAAUUCGAGCGCACGCCAAUCCGCCAAUGGUGGGCCAAAUGGUUCGGAGUGUCGGAUGUCGAGCACCACGAGAGAAAUUUGGCUUACUACGAGAAGCAGGGCAUUCUGGCUAGAUGGAGGUAGGUGUUCUUUUUGUUUGAAAACAAUGGAAAUAAAUGUUUCAGACAAAUCGAGGAGCGUGUGAAGCAUCUUGAGGGUGAACGAUGGGACUACAAGGGCUGGAGCUACCAGCCAGUCUCUUCCACCUGGGUCGAUUACGGCAGAUGGCAUGUUCUGCGCAUGAGAGACCAGUACGAGCAGCACGGACACUAUGCUCAGUGA